GAGGAAAGUGCGAUCGAGGGCUACGUGUCCGGCACGGAUGAUCUCCUGAUGAUAGAGCUGGACUAGUUCCUGCUCAGGUGCCGAUCGAGGUACAGGUCUGACGAGCGUCUGCUCGGGGAAUUAGCUAAAGAAUUCGUAGAAUAGUUACCUCGAAGGUGUCUCUACAGUCUUGCCCAGUUAGCGACUGGAAAUUCGUGCAAUUCGAAUCGGAACAUGUGACGCAACGCAACCGCUAUCACUGCUAAUAGGAAGAAAGCGAUAACGGUAUCUACAGCUUAACAGCCAGCCUUAUCAGUCUUUAUCCUCGACGAGAAGUGAUUCGGGCUCGUGUAAAAAGAGAGGAAAAGGGAACGUUAUCGAAUUCGCGUUUGCAUUUUCGGAGCAACUGGAAUGUUCCCGGGAGCUGACUGCUAGCCGGUGCAAGACAGGCGAAAAGGACAAUUCGCCUGGUUGUCUGCUAGAUGUCUGUUCUGUCUAAUGGUGCACGUCGCGAAGUGGAUCGAAAAGUGUGACGCAACGGAGUGGUAAUCGAGCGUGGGGCUAUUAGCUAACGAAGUUACCGUGAUUAGGUGCUGUAUUCCCAAGUGCACGGUGAGAGAAUGACGACGGAAAGGAGAGCGGCGUAUGCUGCAGCGACGUAGACUACUGUCCAGUCGAUCCGGGAAUUUCAGUUUAACGACCGAUUUUAUCGGCCAGUCUGAUUAAUAUUGAAGCCGCGAGAGCUCGACGUCGAUAAGCUUAACGAUGCCUCUUGGGCCGUGAUCGACGAAGCCCCGCUAUCUGCUAAUGAAAUAACGAUAAUUAAACGUCGUGUCGCGACCGUGAACGAAUCGAGGAACGAACUAUCUGCACCGUGUGGCCCAGUUGCUCCACGAAUCGAGUUCCCUUCGCUCUGCAACCGAGUUCGCUGUUUACCUUCAACAGCUGACUGCCAGGGGACCGUCCGAUGACGUAGACCCGUUGGAUCAUACGUGAUCGAGGUCCUGAUCGAUUUUUGGAACCUUCGCGGAACCUUGCCGAGGUGUUCUAUUAAUUCCUUUUCCGAUCUGUCGAGGUGAUACGAGUCUUGUCGAGUCUUUGGAAUAGUGUGGCUCCCUGGAGAUCGGCGAGGAACGCCAGCGUCGGGUCGCUAUGAUGGAGUCCCUGUGCCAGGUGAACGGCACCAAGAGCAAUGGCGGCAACGGAGGCAACGAGAACGCGAACAACGGCAACAAUAACAACAACUCAGAGUGCCCGGAUCCGCAGCAGAGGCUGGCGGUGCUGAGCUUCGAGCAAGUCAGACGAUUGAACGACGUGAUGAACGAGGUGGUGUGCAUCCACGGUCGUGGAAACUUCCCGACUCUGGAGGUCCGAUUGAGAGAUCUGGUUACCGUGGUUCGUAGCAAAUUGGAGACUGAUCCGAGCAACGGUGGCGCCGGAAUGAGGGUACGGGACAUAAGGCUGAACGGUGGCGCCGCCUCUCACGUUUUGGCCACCGAGUCGCAGCCGUAUAACGACCUGGACCUGAUCUUCGCCGUGGAGCUGUCGAGCGGGCGAAAUUACGACAAGGUGAAGGCCGCGGUGCUCGGCUCCCUGUUCGACCUGCUGCCAGAAGGUGUCAGCCGCAAGCGUAUCACCACCUGCAGCCUGAAAGAGGCAUACGUGAGCAAGAUGGUGAAAGUGAACAACGACGGUGACCGGUGGUCCCUGAUCUCCCUCGGGAACUCUCGAGGUCACAGGAACGUCGAGCUGAAGUUCGUAGACUCGAUGAGGCGGCAAUUCGAGUUCUCGGUGGAUUCGUUCCAGAUCGUGCUCGACUCCCUGCUCCUCUUCUACGAGUGCAGCAAGCUGCCGAUCGGCGAGAACUUCUAUCCAACGGUGGUGGGCGAAUCGGUGUACGGUGACUUCCAAGAAGCGUUGUAUCAUCUUCACAAGAAGCUGAUCUCGACGAGGCAUCCGGAAGAGAUCCGCGGUGGCGGCUUGCUCAAGUACUGCAAUCUCCUGGUGAAGAUGUACAAACCCUCGCAGCCCGACUACAUAAGGACCCUCGAGCGGUACAUGUGCUCGAGAUUCUUCAUCGACUUCCCCGACAUCAGUCAGCAACGCGCCAAGUUAGAGAACUACCUGUGGAAUCACUUCGUCGGGCCCGAGAAGAACGCCCUCAAGUACCAGUACCUGAUGUUGCUCCGCACCGUGGUGGAAGAGUCCACCGUGUGCCUGAUGGGCCACGAGAGACGACAGAUCCUCGGUCUGAUCGAGAACCUUGCCUUCCAGGUGUUCUGCGAGGAGCAACAGCAACGGCUGACGAAUCAUCAGCAAGCACCGCCUGGACCGCCAGCCACCUACGUUUACGCGAACGGUUACUAUUACGCUCCUGUAAUACCUACCGCGUGCUACACGUGCACCUGCAACUCGUGGAUGGCGUGCUCGUCGUGAUGCGACAUCGACGCC